CUCCAGAGCAGCUGGGACUACAGGCGCCCGCCGCAACGCCCAGCUAUUUUUUUGUUGCAGUUCGGCCGGGGCUGGGUUUGAACCCACCACCCUCGGUAUAUGGGGCCGGCGCCCUACUCACUGAGCCACAGGCGCCGCCCCCUAGUUCAUUUCUUUUUUUUUUUUUUUUUUUUUUAGGUUUUUGGCCGGGGCUGGGUUUGAACCUGCCACCUCCGGCAUAUGGGACCGGCGCCCUACUCCUUGAGCCACAGGCGCCGCCCCCCCAGUCCAUUUCUUGGGUGCCACCUUCGGCCCGCGGGGUGUUGGGCCCUGCGGCUCCAGGGGUGCGGGGUGUGGUUCGAGUCAGGCAAGAGGUGACUCCCAGGGGAAUCAGGUGGCAACUUCAGCCUCAGCCCUAGCGCGAGGCGGGGCAAUCGGGCUCAGGCGACCUGGCUAGACCUGCCCCUCCGGAGAGAGGCAUCUCGCGUGGGUUAAGGCCCGGCAUUCCCUUAGAGUGAGCUGGCACCGCGCCAGGAUGGAGAGAGAACGCUCCAGCCGCGAGGCAUUCCCGGAAUCCGGCGACUCAGCACCCGCCCCCUCGGGAAUUCCCCAUGGGAGCUACUAGGAGGGAAAUGGAACCGUGGCCCAGGUCGGCUCGCCACGGUUUUCUCAGAGUGGGAGGAUAAGAGACUCGGGCCCCGCGAAGUUGCAGACGUGAGGUCUGGCACACCUGAGAAGCAGCGGGGCCGUCGCGGCCACAUCCGGGGCGACGCGACUGAGUCACCCCAAACCUGUUUGCGUCCGCCAGUCCAGCCUGUCCGCCUCGUCUCUCCAGUUCGAGACUCUCGCCUCCCACUUCCCACCUCCACCCGAUCUGCAAGCCGCUGGCCGCGCAAGCCGCAAGGGCUGGGGGUGGGCCUCCAGGAGGCGGGGCUGCUUCUUAAAGGGCCCGGAGCCGCCGCGGCCCUUAAGGCACUUCCUGGGGGCGGAGAAGACCUCAGCGGUUGUGGCAACACCCAGAGGAGGAGGUGGUGGCCGGGUCUCUAGAUUCCCGGCUUCUUCCAUCGUAGCCCACGGACACUCAUAGCUCGGACUGAGCGCGCAUCGUCGCCCCUAAGGGCGGCUCCGCCAUCCACUCCCAUCAGCUUCGUCUUCAUCUCCUGGGAACCGCACCGGGAGUUAGGCAAGGCCUCCGACUGGACUGCGUGGACUAACCUACGGCAACAGCGAUCUGCCAGGGAACUCGGAAGCUGAACCCUUCAGCGUCGGCCCUGUGUCUGUCACCGUCACUUGCUGGUUGGAUUCCAGAAGCCCACUGUCUGAAGACCACAGAAAGGAGUCGCUGACCAGAAUUAGUUACGUCUGGACCGAAAGCUCCCUUCCUCUCUGCUGUUUUCAUCUUUUCUUUCAACCUUUCGGGGAUUUCCGUGCCCUGAAACCAGCCCCCCAUUCAUCACCAAAGUAACUGGGUGAGCUCUAAACCUUGUUGCCUCGUACUCCAGCACAGCAAGUCUGAAAGUUACCACCCAAUUCUGCACACUCCUAGGAAGUUCUGCUUUUUUUUUCUCUUUUGGAGUCUCCUGUACUUCCCAAAAUUUCCCCUCCUCCUGUGUCCUCUCCGCCCCCCUCUUUUGGGGGCCCCGUGACCCUGAAUGUGGGGGGCACACUAUAUUCCACCACUUUGGAGACCCUAACCCGCUUCCCUGACUCCAUGCUGGGGGCAAUGUUUAGAGCUGACACCCCUAUGCCUCUCAAUCCUCAAGGAGGUGGCCACUAUUUCAUUGAUCGAGAUGGCAAGGCCUUCCGGCAUAUCCUCAAUUUCCUAAGGCUGGGCCGUCUGGACCUUCCCCGAGGGUACGGAGAGACAGCACUUCUCAGAGCAGAAGCUGACUUCUACCAGAUUCGGCCCCUCCUGGACGCCCUGCGGGAGCUGGAGGCCUCUCACGGGUCCCCUGCGCCCACAGCUGCCCUGCUCCAUGUAGAUGUAGAUGUCAGCCCACGCCAGGUGCACUUCUCUGCUCGCAGAGCCCCACACCACUAUGAGCUGAGCUCUGUCCAGGUGGACACUUUCCGGGCAAACCUCUUCUGCACUGAUCCUGAGUGUCUGGGUGCUAUGCGGGCCCGAUUUGGUGUGGCCAGUGAUAGGGCAGAGGGGGGCCCACAUUUUCAUCUUGAGUGGGCUCCCCGCCCUGCAGAACUCCCUGAGGUGGAGUAUGGUAGACUGGGGCUACAGCCCCUAUGGACUGGGGGCCCAGGAGAGCAGCGGGAGGUGGUGGGCACGCCAAGCUUCCUGGAAGAGGUGCUGCGUGUGGCUCUGGAACACAGCUUCCGUCUAGACUCCGUGUUCCCUGAUCCUGAAGACCUGCUGAACUCCCGGUCGCUGCGCUUUGUCCGCCACUGAGGAUGCUGUCCUAAGUUUGAUUGUGGGGAGAAAAAGGGAAUGGGGCUGCUAACAGGAAAAGGCUGCCCUGAAGCCUUUCUAGCUCUGCCUCAGGAGCUGUAAAAGUCAGGGGUCCCACUGUGCCUUACUAGAGCCCAGAGGUGGGAAGGAAUUCCCAAACUUGAGUCCACCGAGAGCUCACAAAUGGUCCAGAGGGUCUAGACUGGUGCUGAUCCUAGGAUGGGCAUGGAAAGUUUUCUUGACUUGGUCUCAUCUAAGGCUAGGGACCUCCAAUCUCUCCUUGGAGCUCAGUAUUCAGGGGUCUGGAAAAGUGGGGGCCACUUCUUUGUCCAAGUUAGGCAUGGCAGAACAGCAAAGGGACUCUGAGGUCUGAGGACUUUAUAUUGCUCCAAUAUGGCCUCCUGGACCAUGGCUUCUCCUCCUGAAGCUGGGUGGCCCAGGCUGGCCUGCCCAAUGAGAGGCCAGAACAUUCUGGAACAAGGGCAGGGCAGUUCUUUGCUGUGUCCCAAACCACCUCUGAAGGGAGACAGAAAGGCCACAUCCCAUCGUAGAUUGGCUUAAGGGAACUAGGAGAGUCCCCCUUAGCAAUGGGGCUGGAGUACCUCUCUGGAAUUUCAAGUGUUUUGAAGGAUCUUAUAUGGAGAUUGGGGCUGGCCAUGGCAGGAGGUGGCUAUCUUUUGGGUCCUGGCCUUACUUCCUUCAUUAUGUGUGUCAGCCAGUGUGUCUAAUUAAUGUGUGGAUUUCCAUCUGUAUUGCUGGCUAUGGUGUCCAUGUGCUGGUCCUUCUGUGGUCUCUGCAUGUCCAGGCCUGUUUGGGGUUACCCAGCAACUGUUCUGCCACAGGGUGUGUCUAUGGUAUAUGUGUGAGUAAAUUGAGAAUGAGUAGUUUAAUUACAGGGUGUGUGUAUACAUGUGUGUUUAUGUUCAUGAAUGUACACACAUCAGCAGGCAGGCAGGAAAGGCCUGUUGGAGUUUAAGUCAUGGGAUCUUCCUGGGAAGAGGUAAGAGAAGUCACUGGGCUUAGCUAUGCCUCUGAGGCCUGUGUGGUACUCUUGGUUGCUGAGGCAACCAUGGGUCUGUUGCUAGGAGAGAGCUGGGGGAGGCCAAGCCUGCCCAGGGCAGGGAAGAGAUUAGCACUUUGGUAGAGUGGGGAGGACAAGGGAAAGGAUGAGAUACUCAUGCACAACUUCUUCACUGGAGGUGUCACUCAUCAUUUAUCACUGGUCAUAAUUUAUAAGAAGGAAAAUAAAAUUGCUUUUGGAACCACAAAUGCGUAAAGGCUGCUGAGGGCCCCUUGCAACAGAAGCCCUACUUUCUCUGCCCAUCUCUCCUACUCCUUCUAGCCUCCUGGACCAUGGCUGCUGCUUCUAAAGCUGGGUUGCCUAGUCUGGCCUGCCCCAUGAGAAGCCAGAACACUGCAACAAGGACAGAGGGAAUCUUUGCGGUGUCCCAAGCCAUGUACUGAGGGAGUCAGGCCACACCCCUUCCUAGGUUGG